CUCUUCUAAGACUCCACCGCUUGCCCGACGCCCAACGUGCUCCUCACCUGGUUUCCUUGCCUGCCUUUUUUCCCCUGGUCGUCUUUCUUCCUCUCUUCCCUCCCUCCAUUCAGUCAUCCUCCCUCGGUUCUAUCCCCCCACCCCAACUGCCUGCAUCCGAAGAGUGAGCUUGUUUAAGGGCUGGCUGUCUGUGCUCGCAGGAGGGUUGAGCAACAACAGGUCGCACUCAUGUUAGUGCAUUACAUCGUCACAGGCAGCUCCACAGACAUUUACCCGUAGCUUUUAGCGGGUUCGUAGGCUAGCCUGAUAUUAUCGUUUCGCGUUUACGUUUACCAGUGCGCAAGACAGGAACUUCUCAGUGCUGAUUAUCCCGACUAGGCCCAUGGGUCGGCUAAGACCCCAAAGCGUGUUGUUACUAUCGGUGUGCUGCCUGUUAGUAGCCGUCGCGUGCGGCGUAGUCGACGACCUCGAGCUUUCCCGAUGGCAUCCGAGCGUUCCGAGGCACAUGAUUCCGAAGCUGAAAGAGAGGCAGGCGAUGCGGAUGAAAGCAUCCUCGCGUCUCCGGUCGCCUCCUAAACCUUCCUCUGCUAACAACUACUGUCAUCGUCCGAGCUUUACCGUUCCUCGUUGCCACUUCUGCCACGGAAAGGCCGACGGCGUCUACGCAGACGCUGCCGCCGACCCUCCAUGCAGCGCGUACUUGGUCUGUCGGCGCCAGCAGCUCGCCUCUAUGGACGCUUGCCCCGACGGCACCUACUUCAACCUCGAAUCCGCCUCCUGCGGUGCGCUUGAGAGUUCAUCCUGCGCGGUCUCCGCCGCGUCCGCCGCCGCCGCGUCCGGGGGUGCAGCUGGGUUCGUCGCGGUUGCACGCGGUGCUGGCAAGCCUGUGGUGGGGACGGAGGAGGUGGAGGUGGAGAGCGUCGGUGACCGCCGGAAGCUCCAAGGAUGGGGAACCAGGGCUGCUGUCACGAAGCCGCCCCCGAAAGCGCCUUCCCCGAAUCCGACAAACUGGACCGAAGUGAACGCCCUCCUUGCGCUCAAGAACAGCAACGUCGACGCGUACUACAAGCUGAAGACGUGGAUCGUUCCCGCUAUUCCAGCCCUGCGCAGAAACAACUUCAUCUGCGGAAAGUGGUGGGGAGUCAAGUGUAACAAGUUUGGCUCGGUCAUCGAGCUCAACCUUGCGGAAUCCGGCUUGGCGGGAAUUCCCAGCGUCGCCCUGAACAGUAUUCCUCCGGAAAUCGGCAACCUCUCUUCGCUUAUGGUUCUCGACAUUACCGGAACACAGAACCGCCUAACGUCUCUUAUCGGGGUGCUUCCUAACGAAAUCAGCCGGCUGACCAAGCUGCAGACCCUGUUGCUCUUUAACAACCGGCUGGUUGGAUCCAUUCCCGAGACGAUCUCCGCACUUACCGACCUCGUGACGCUGGAUCUUACCCAGAAUAAUUUCACGGGCAGCAUUCCCAAGGGCUUCGGUAACCUGAAGAAACUCGGUUCGCUCAGCUUGGGUCUGAACGGGCUGAGCGGGCCAAUCCCGGCGUCGCUUGGGCAGGCGUCGAGCCUGUCGACGGUCAGCCUUCGCGGGAAUGCGCUCACGGGCGGCAUUCCGGAUUCUCUCGCCAACCUCAAACAGCUCGGAUUUCUGGAGCUGCAAUCCAAUCAGCUCUCCGGGCCGCUGCCCGUGUGGCUGAAGGACCUCGCGGGGUACAUCGACCUCGGUUCCAACAAUUUCUCGGGCAUCAUUCCGCCCGAGUGGAAGGAUUUCAAGGGGUUCUUUCUCUCGCUUAACACGGCGGGCAACCUCGGGCAGCUGCCCGCGAGCAUCGCGCAGGCGAUGUGCACAACGGCCACCUCGAUUGAUUUUUCGAACAUUUUCACCGGCGGCGAUUUGAACCAGUGGGACCUUUCCGGCUGCACGGCGCUCUCGAUGCUUUACCUCGAGGGUGACGAUUUAACCGGCGACGUCGGGAAAUUCCUAGGAGCCGUUCCCGCUACCUCCUACAUGCAGGUCAUCAUUCUCUCCAAGAACCGGCUCACCGGCGAAAUCCCACCGCAGAUCUUCCAGAUUCCGACGCUGACGCAGUUCGACGCGAACGAGAACCAGCUCACGGGCUCGCUGCCGCUGCUGCAGUGCACCGGGACACUCGCCAACAUGGUUCCGUCGGCGCUCAACGUGUCGACGAAUCGCAUGUCGGGCGUGCUCCCGGAGCGAUUCGCGGAGGCUUGCAACAUGAGCCAGGUCGACCUGAGCCACAACCAGUUCUCCGGCCCCGUUCCCGCCGGAAUCGCGCAGAGCCAGACUCUCGCUGUUCUGGACCUGACGAAUAAUUCCUUCACGGGAGACGUGCCCGUGCCUACCAGCUGUCUCGGCAGCGGUGACGUCAUCCUCCACUCGCUGCGCGUCGGACUCAACCAGUUCACUGGCAAGCUGCCGAACCUGCUCGGAAACUGCACGGCGCUGGAAGAGCUGGACCUCUCGGGCCUGGACAUCACCGGCGACCUUAACGAAGGGUUCACGAACAUGGGCGAGGGUUACAGCGUGAUUCAAGUGAAUCUCUCCAGCACGUCACUGUCCGGCGCUCUCCCCGAAGCGCUGAACAAUUUCGUCUACAUAUCCUCCCUCGAUCUCUCCAACUCCCGCUUCCAAGGCCCCGUUCCGUCCACAGUUGGCGACCUUGUGAACCUGCGAGCGCUCGACCUGUCUGGUAACCAGCUGCAGGGACAGUUACCAGCCGAGAUCGGUAACCUCACCGCGGCCACGUUCAUCGCGCUGGAGGGUAACCAACUUUCGGGAACCAUUCCGCCAGAGAUCGCACCGCAGCCGUCCUCCCGCCACCUGGCGUUCCUCUCCUCCCUGGACCUGUCUGACAAUGACUUCACCGGGCCGAUUCCGUACGGCUUCGCGAACGUGUCAUCGUCCUUCUACCUCGACGUGUCGCAGAACCAGCUGUCGGGCGCGAUCCCGGGCGGCAGCUCGGGUUACUUCGCGUCGGCGAACCCGGCGACGAUCAGCGGUAACCAGGCGCUCUGCGGGAUGAACGGCUACCCGGACUGCCCGAGCCCGAACAACCUGUCAGCCGGGGCAAUCGCGGGGAUUGUGGUGGGUGCGGUGGUGGGGCUGGUGGCGAUCGCAGUGACGGCGUGGUGGUUUUCGAGGCGCAACGACCCGUGGUCGGGCGGCACGAUGCUGGUGUUUGAGAAGCUCGACUUCAAGCUCACGGUGGGGCACAUCCUGGAGGCCACGGAGUUCUUCAGCGACAAGUACAAGCUCGGCCGCGGCGGCUUCGGCACCGUGUACAGAGCUUCCCUCCAGGAUGGGCGGUCCGUGGCCAUCAAGCGGCUGGCGGCGCAGAGCACGCAGGGCAACCGCGAGUUUCAGGCGGAGAUGGAGACGCUGGGGAACAUCCGCCACCGCAACCUCGUCGUGCUCGUCGCGGCCUACAUCGCCCCGGGGCAGUCCACGGAGCGCCUGCUGAUCUACGACUUCCUCUCGGGCGGCUCGGUGGAUACGAUCUUCAUGAAGGAGCUUCCGAAGGACUCGCCCUUCUGCAAGUGGUCGGUGAGGCGGAACGUGGCGCUGGACACGGCCCGUGGGAUGAAGUACCUGCACCAUGACUGCACCCCAAGGAUCAUUCAUCGCGAUAUGAAGCCUGGGAAUGUGCUGCUCGACGAUCAGAUGGUGGCUCACGUGGCCGAUUUCGGGCUUGCGAGAGAGAUCGAUGUGAAGCAGUCGCACAUGUCGACCAAGGUGUUUGGUACUAUUGGGUACCUUGCGCCUGAGUACACCCGCCAGGGCAGGCUGUCUUUCAAGAGUGACGUGUUCGCUUAUGGCGUCAUGCUGCUGCAGUUGAUCACCGGGAAGCAGCCGACUGAUGAGGACGUGGCGGAACGAGGGCUCGCCAGGUGGGCGGAGGCGAACGGCGCCGCGGCGAUUGUAGACCCUCGGAUGGAGCUGGAGCCUGGCGAGAUUGACCAGAUCUUGGGAGCUGUGAAGCUGGGGCUGCUGUGCACUGCACGCGUGGCCUCAGACCGGCCCAGCAUGCCUGAGAUCGUGCAUCUGCUGGAGAAUCUUGAGGACUUCGCUAAGGGUGUGGGUACCACUGCUACUGGGAAGAAGGAAUGAGGAAGAUGGGAUGGCUGAGUGGGGGGGUGGUGAGGGGUGCCUUGUGAGGUUUGAGUCCGGCCCAGCGGGUCUAGAUCAUGGGCUGGGGAACCUGGAGGACUUGGCCAAGGGCGUGGGGAGGAGGGGACCGCUGUGUCAGAUACGAAAGAAGGAGAGGGUUUCAGCUGGGUUUGGUUGGGAAGGGUUGAGUGGGCAUGGGUUGUGGGCUGUUGGAGGCGUGGGUGGGAAUGCCCUGCUUUGUUUUCUUGCAGGAACGCCUGAGUUUGUGUGCUCCUGAAACCUGGUCCUCGUCACUCUUUUCUUUACCAGGGUGCUUGCGUGCCCUGUACAGGACAACCUUGUAUUUAUUGCUUUUUAUCUAGCUUUUGUAGAGGUACUGGACUUUUAUGCAUGCGUUGCAAAUGCUCCCAUUUGUGGGUCCUUGCAUCGUCACCUUGUUAUGCAAUGCCAAUUGUAACAUGAAUCGUCUGUUGCACAACGUGACUUGCGAAAUGCUA